AUGUUUACUUUUAAUCAUCGUUAUGCCUCAACUAAUGUUUCGAAGAGCUCGAGUAUUAUAAUUAAACCGUGUAAUACGCAUGAAGAAUUGGAUGAAUGUGUUGCACUUCAAAAAUUAGUGUGGAAACAAAGUAGUCUGGAUAUAAUGCCUCGUCGUUCGUUUCUCAUCGCCAAUAAAACAGGUGGAAUUGUUUUAGGUGUUUACAAUAAUCAUGAGAAUUCGCGUGUUCUGCUUGGUUUCGUAUUAUCACUUGCAGGUAUUCUGCCUGGAAAGAGUGGAGGUAUAUUUUGGCACGCCGAAAUGUCGGGAAUUCACCCAGAUGUACGCAAUCAACAUAUUGGUCAACAGUUGUUUUGUAAACUACGUGAUUACGCAUUAUCCAGAAAUAUAAAGUUAAUAAAAUAUAAUUUUGAUCCAACGGAAAUACGAAAUGCACAUAUCUACAUUAAUCGUACGGGAAGUAUCGGACGACAAUAUUCAUCUAAUCAUUAUGGCUUGUUCUCACCUUCACGAGAUCCAGUUCCAUUUGCUGGUCGACUUCACAUGGAAUGCUGGCUUGAUUCUCCACAUACACAUCGAUGUCUCGGCUUGGAUACAUCAAAUAUUAAUAGAUAUGGCACUUACAAACCAAAGAUUAUUAAAGAAGUUUCACUUCCAGCUGAAAUGGGACAAUGGAAAAGCACGAAAGAUAAACGUGCUAUUGAUGCUUAUCAAAAACUUGAUAAACAUCUAUCAGAAGCUUCUGAUCAAAAUCUCAGUGUCGUGGGGUUUCGUAAAGAACGUGAUGGUACCUCAGUUUAUGAGCUUGGAAAUUUUAAUUUAAAUGAUAUUUUGCGUUGCAAUUCGUUCUCAAACAAUCUUUCGUAUGUGAAAAAGUUUAAAAACAAUUUUCGCUCAAUGCUGACAUGA